AUGAACACUAGCGCACUGCUUGCAUCCUCCUUCUUCCUUGCUCUCUUUGCCUUCACCGGAGCUGAGUUUAUAUAUGACUCCGACGGUGACAUUGUAAGCAAUGGAGGCAAGUACUACUUAUUGCCCCGUCGUGAAGGAGGCGGAGCAAUUAAGGGUGCUACCAUUAACAAGCCUAAAAGUAGGUCGUGCUACCUUGCUGUCGUUGCAGAACCAUUGAACGAGAAUGGCUGGGCAGUGAAAAUCGGGACGCCAUACCGUUUGUUUCACAUCUCCGACGACCAUCCCUUAAACGUAUCGUUCGCCAGAUUGCCUUCAAAUGCCUGCACUCACUCACCCAGUUGGAUCGUCGCAAGUGUCACUGGCUUGGACACAGAUCCGGUGAUGGUUGGUAAGCCUGAAGAAUUUUCAGUUCCUCGUUCUGGUUAUUUCUACAUCAAGAAAUAUGAGUCUACCCAGUUCUAUAGCUUCGUCUUCUGUUACUGA